CUCGCGGGCCUCACAGCAGUUCCGUCACGCACAGGAACGGCAGUAAGCUGAGUGUUCAUUCAGAACGUUCCCUCAACAUGAAGACGGAAAAGGAGAAGUCAAACGCGAAGAACUUGGACGAAGGGAAGCAGUCGACCAAAGGACAAAAAGAGGGUCGACAACAGAGCAAACGUCGGGCAUCCACGGCUGCGUCCACAGCUUCCAAGAGGUCUCGUGACUCAAAGUCCGAGGGUUUACCUGAACAAUCUUCGAGCGCCCCAGGACUUCAUGAAGGCGCCACGUCGAAAACGAAGCCCGAAGAACCAUCGCCGCCCAAAAGGAAAGCGAAAUCUGCAGAUCCCACAGCAUCACGUCCAAAGCGUUUCCAUUCGAAGCAAGAUGAAGGAGGGUCUCCGAGACAAAAAUCCCUUGCUGAUGAGAUCACACGAAUGACGAUAGACUACGAGCGCGUACAGGCGGCACAUGAAGCGGCAGAAUCAUCAAGGUUGGCGGAGUUGCCCGUAGAAUUGGAAGGGGAGGAGAAAAGGGCUGAACAACUAGCCAAGGCGCUGAAGAGGGCGAACUCUCAGCAAUGGGCGGCGGGUAAUCGAGCCACAAGAGGAGGCACUACCAAAUCAGCUAAAGCGAACCAACCAAGAGGAUGGGCUUUCGUUGCGAAAGUGCUCUGCUGGUUGUCAUUCUUCUUGCUCUGCAUCUGCGGCGCCGUCUUUGCCUUCAUCGCCCUUUAUAACCACUUUUUCGCCGAGAGGGUACUAAUUGAAUGCAGUACGUCAGAGUGCAAACAAAUCCAACGAGACAUGGAAGCGUUCGUAGAUACGACGGUCAACCCUUGCGACGACUUCUACGGGUACGUAUGUGGUAAGUGGGCAAAGCAAUCUCAUCAAGCAAACUUCUUGGACAGCAUCUUUGCGGCAUUCAACAAGGUCAUCGCUGAAGCCCUAACGUCCAAGACGUCUAAGACACCGGACAAGUACGGCAUGCACGUCCUGGCGCGUGUCUACGAAGCUUGCCGUGACUACAUGACGACUGAUAAGCGGGACUUCAGAGAUACAUUCCGGGAAGUUACCGACUUGUACGAAGUUACGAGCAUUCUCAAAGUUCAAGAUCGGCCCUCGAUGUUCGACCUUUUACUCAAGAUUGCCCUCGAGACAGGAAUUCAGUCUGUCUUCACGGUUGGCUUCUACCAUGUCGGAAGCCGUAGAGUGUUCGGGGUGUCACCUGGAAAAUCUAUCCAGGGAAAGAUAUACUCAGACAUCGCCGAUCGUGCAGAAGCAUCACUAUCGAAAAAUUUGAUCGAAAUGGUUUUGGACGAAAUUCCGAACGCAAAUCGCUCUCUGGUGGACGUUGUCUUAGACAUCGACCAAGUCAUUUUUCUCUUGAUGCUUGCGCCGAGGACUGUCCGAGAACUAGCCUUCAGCAAUAUCAAUGAACUGCUCGAAGUUGCCAGUCCAGAGGUCAUCUUACAUCUGCUCAACCACAACCUGCCGGAGACUCUAAGAGUACAAAUCACUGAAAACAUACGAGUAAUAGGGUAUAGUACCAUUGAGGAGAUCGGCAAUGCCAUGAAAAAUAUCACGUUUCUAGCGCAGAAGUAUUAUUACGUCGUGAACCUGGCGGCAGAUCUCUUGCGGUACCACAUGUUCAAGGAAAUUGCCAAAGAAGCACCGGACAAGUUGACCCUUCUGUGCCUCAGGACAACGAGGGUCGCGUUGAGAAACACGUGGCCAUAUCUUAUUGCGAAGCUGGCUGCGCACCGCGGAAGCUCCACUGUAGCGUUGUCAACCGCGCAGGACAUAAGAGAAAACAUUAUCAAUCGAAAUGUUUUGGAAAUAUUCGACUCGUACACGGUAACCGAGAUCAAGCGAGUUAUCAAGGAAACUGACAUCGUUACGUAUGACGAGGAAGCCCUCACGAAGCUGCCCACGGACCUCGACUAUAGUUCUUGGACGCUUGGUGGGUCUUUCUUCAAAGUAUACGUUCACGCCAGCGCCAGGGAAACCUCAAUUCUGCUUCAGGCUCUUCAUGCCCCAAAUAUAGUGACGCUCGGCACAGACCAGGAGGCGAACGAUCUCAGCUUCCACGUGGACCUCAAGCUGCUCACUAUUCCCACGUCCUACCAGGCACCGCCUCUCCUGUACAAGGAACUGAAGCAAGUUCCGUUCUACAUUAACUACGCGGGCAUUGGAAGCCUGUUGGUAAAAGAACUAGUUAAAGCGCUGAAGACCGCAUCAGAAACGUCGAAAAAAUCGCAGCAAGUCGCACUGUCUUGUUUGAAGAUGUUCGCGGAGAUGCGGAACAUCAGCGGGAGCGAAUCUAUUGUGAGCGAUCCUUGGCACAGCGACGCGGUGCUUUGGACGUACGGCUCCAGGAUUAUUUAUGGGAUUAUGAAACGAAUUGUGAAAGCAGAAGGUAAUAAGGUCUUCAAAGUGAACUGGGACUCUGUGCAGCACUAUUUUUUCGUGAGGUUUUGCACGCUCUCGUGCACAGCGGUGCACAAUGAGGAGUUUGUCGAGCGGUGCCUUAUCCCUGUCAUUAGCAACAAAGAUUUUACGGAUCAUUUCAAUUGCAAAGAUAGGCCUGGCUACUUCCAGUCAGAUACAUGUGCCUGGUCUUCCGAAUGAUCCCUUUUUACAACUGUUGAAGAGGAGCUCCUAGUCCUGCACAACUGAUUCGUUAAUCGCUUCAUUGAAUCGAUCCAUAAGUCUCUUAAUCUCAGUAGAUAAAUUGUCACUAGAACACUGA